AUGGCUGAAUCUUCUAAUGCGCUUGCUCCCAGGGACGAGGAAGCCGAUGUCCACUUCGAGCCCGUAAUCAAGCUAACAGAGCAAGUCGACACGAAAACCCACGAGGAGGACGAAGACGUGCUUUUCAAGAUGCGCGCAAAGCUCUUCCGAUUCGACUCUGAAUCUACUGAAUGGAAGGAACGUGGCACUGGCGAUGUUCGUCUGCUUUCGCACAAGGAAACCAAGAAAGUCAGACUCGUGAUGAGGCGCGACAAGACUUUGAAGGUCUGCGCCAACCACGUUAUUUCCGCCGAUAUGAGAUUGCAGCCAAAUAUCGGUUCGGACAGGAGCUGGGUGUGGAAGGUCGCCGCGGAUUACUCUGAGCAACCUCCGACCUCGGAGACCCUCGCCAUUCGCUUCGCUAACUCUGAGAAUGCAGCCUUGUUCAAGACCGCCUUUGAGGACGGCCAGAAGACCAAUGUUUCCUUGAGCAAACCCUCUGGCGAUGAUGGCAAAACAGAGACGGCCAAGGAAGCGUCGGAAGAGAAGGCGGAAGAGAAGAAAGAGGAGGAGAAGCAAGAGGAGGAGAAGCAAGAGGAGGAGGAACCUAUUAAGGAAGAGGCCAAGGGAGAAGAUAAAAAAGAAGUUUAA